UACUCCGACUGGGUACCUUAUACGCAGGAGCCACAGCCUUGGACUUGGCUAGAUGAGGAGUGUACCAAGGGGAGUCAAGGAAAACUGGCGGUGGUGGCUUGUGGCAUGUCUGUCAUCUGGCACCGCCGCGGCCGCUCAUGGAGCCAAGUUAAAUCAGAGUUCUCGUGGUGAAUUUCGGAAGUUGUUCGUGCUCUCAGAGUACUUGUAUGGUUCAUCCCAGCUUUAAUGCAACUCAACCACGUUACCAUGGCAGUGUAACCAGAAGUCUUAUUCUCAGUCCGGUCUCCGUACAUAGUUUGGCCCUUGCUGGAAUUAUUGGAGGGGUUGCUCUUGAAAUUUGGGUUCUUUGGUUCAUCCGCACGCACAAACUCAAGUCAAACGUCACGCUCGAUGAAUCUUCCCUUCUCCUAAGAGCUGACCUCCAGAGGGAUCAUGCCAGCACGUUAGACAACGAGGGAUUACUCUGUUCCAUCUGUGCGAAUAUCGAUUUCUAUAAGAUCUUCCUUAAUGGCAUCCCAGAGACGGAGGACAUCCCGCUCGAUCAUCUCUCGUCCAUCUUACGAAAAUCCUAUCAAUGCAAUUUCUGCCGCCUUAUAUCCUUUCAUGAUCGCCGAACAUGGAUGCUGGACAAGUUUCCUCACGUCGAUAUCUCAGGGAUCGAGCGUAGGAUGUUCACGAAACAUUGUGGUUGUCUUCAGUUGGCCUCUUAUCCCCCAUCCAAAUUCCGUUGCUAGUCUGUACAAUUUCUGUAUGUUGCUACCACGAUCGAGUGUCAGGUGUCCUGUUCCAACUCGGAGCCUUGAUCGGUUCGGAAAUGACGUGACACUGAAGCCCGAAACAUCCGCAGCACCUCCCCCCGUAC